AUGGCAGGGCGGCGGGGGCCUUCGAGGGCGGAGCCCACGGGGACGACAGGCCAGGCUGGGAAGGCCGGAGGGCAGGCCAAGUCCUCACAGAAAAUUGAAGGCUUGAUGGAAAUGGUGAAGAAGUUGCAGAAAGCUGGAAGCCUAGAGCCCAGGGUUGAGGUCCUUAUUAACCGGAUUAAUGAGGUUCAGCAAGCAAAAAAGAAAGCCAGCGAGGAGCUAGGAGAGGCCCGGACUGUUUGGGAGACGCUGCAGAAGGACCUGGACUCACUGAGUGGAGAGAAAGUGCGUCUGAAAGAGAUCUUGAACAAAAAGCAAGAGACCCUGAGGAUCCUCCGGCUCCACUGCCAGGAAAAGGAGAGUGAAGCACAGAGGAAGCAAACCCUGCUGCUGGAGUGCAAGGAGCGAAUUUCAGCCCUCAACUUCCAGAUUGAGGAAGAGAAGAGCAAACAGAGGCAGCUGAGGUUGGAUUUCGAGGAACAGUUGGAGGAUCUGAUGGGCCAGCACAAGAACCUCUGGGAAUUCCACAGGCCAGAGCAGCUGGCCCAGGAAAUUGGCGCCCUGGACAGCAGCAAGGAGCAAUUGCUCAAGGAAGAGAAGCUGGUGGAGGCAAAGCUGGAGGAUGUGAAGCAUCGUCUGUGCUCCCAGUUUGGGACCAAGGGCUGUUCUGCCAUCACUGAAGGGCUCUUUCUCCGUAGCAAGGAGGCAGCAGCUGCAGUGCAUCUGUUUGAAGAGGAGACCAGAAGCGCCCAGGAGCUCCUGGAGGAUACUGCCCAGCGCCAUGAGCAGCUGCAGGAGGAGUACCAGCAGCUGCAGCAGAAGAGACAGAAGCUGAAGGAGGAACUGGAAAAGCUUGGAGUGCAGGUCACUGCUCAAGCCCAGAACAAACAAGAGGAUGGGGCCAACCCAGGAGAAGCUGUGACCCCUCGGAGUCAAUGA